AUGGGAUCAUAUUUGACCCGCCUUACAUUCCUUGUUGCACUUCUAGCUGGCUUAGUUGUGCAAAUACAGGCACUCUCCCCUGACUAUCUCGCGUGCCAAUUGCAAAAGGAUGCGGAAACCUCUCCGUUAACUGGGUGCCCAGCAGGAACCCUGUAUGUGUCGCCCACAGAUAGCAGGGCAACUUUUACAAGUGUUCAAGCUGCUAUAGAGUCUCUGCCACAGACGGGCGACGCUGUAAUUCUGAUUGGAGAAGGAGAAUACUUUGAAAUGGUCAAUGUUGCGCGGUCCGCACCGCUCACUCUUCUGGGUCAACUUGAUCCUUCCACUGCUUACGAUUCAGCGGGUAAUGCUUCUCAGCGCAACCUUGUUCACAUUUGGAACAAUAUAUAUGUCAAAGAUGGACUGAACGAUGAGCAGACCGCGACUUUCACUAUUUCACCUGCCUCAGGAGAGAAUUUCGGUAACACUGACUUUAAAGCGUAUAAUAUCGACUUCGAAAAUCGUUCUGCCAACUACUCGAUUUCUCAAGCCCUCGUCACCGCCAUCAGCUAUGCAAAUGCUUCCUUCUAUGGCUGCACCUUUGCUAGCUAUCAAGAUACGUGGUACACCGGCAGCAACGCGCACACAUAUGUCGUUGACAGUAUAAUAUACGGUCAAACUGAUUAUCUUUUCGGAUUUGGCAUGGCCUGGUUCCAAAGCGUGAUUUUGGCCAACCGAGCUUGUGGUGGUGGUAUCACAGCCUGGCAAGGUGCGACUGGCACCAGGAAUGGGGCAUACAUCGCCGAUUCCAAAAUAAUUCGGUCCCCGGAUGCCAAUGCUACCACUCCGACUGAUUCCGGCUGCUCCCUCGGACGCCCAUGGAAUGCGAUGGCCGUUGCUGUGUACAUGAACACCUACAUGGACGAGAGUAUUCGACCUGCAGGUUUCACUUCUUGGUCUGGAAAAGCAAGCAUUCCAGACACCACUUAUUACGCAGAGUUCAAUUCGUCUGGUCCCGGAGGGGAUACGUCAGCGCGUGUAGCGCAAGAUCAUAUCCUGACUUCCGACCAGGCAUCAUCCUUCACGCUAGAGGAAGUAUUUGGCGGUAUACCAGAGUGGAUUGACUUUAAUUAUGAGUAUUGA